AUGGGCAACAAGCAGACUGUGUUCACUCAUGAGCAGCUGGAGGAAUACCAGGGGCACACGGAGAGAUGCAGGUCUGGGCCAAGCCAGUUUCUCUCCCCACAGGACUGUACUUUCUUCACGAGGAAGGAGAUCAUGAGGCUCUUCUAUCGCUACCAGGACCUGGCCCCCCAGGUGGUGCCCCUCGACUAUACCACCUGUCCUGAGGUGAAGGUUCCCUACGAGCUGAUUGGCAGCAUGCCAGAGCUGAAGGAUAACCCUUUCCGCCAGAGGAUUGCACAGGUCUUCUCUCAAGAUGGAGAUGGUCACAUGACCUUAGAGAACUUCUUGGAUAUGUUCUCAGUGAUGAGUGAGAUGGCUCCACGGGACCUGAAGGCCUACUAUGCCUUUAAGAUUUAUGACUUCAACAAUGACGACUACAUCUGCGCGUGGGACCUGGAGCAGACGGUGACCCGGCUGACCCGUGGGGAGCUGAGUGCUGAGGAGGUGACCCUGGUCUGUGAGAAGGUGUUGGAUGAGGCAGACAGCGACCAUGAUGGGCGCCUGUCCCUGGAGGACUUCCAAAACAUGAUCCUGCGGGCGCCAGACUUCCUCAGGUGCAGGUUCAGACCCAGGGAUGAGAAUUCCUGCUGCGUCAUCUGAGACCUCAGGGAGCUUCCCCAGAUUCUGUGGCUUCAGCCCACUCUGUCUGAGAAUCAUAACCAGGGCAUUUCCUGUGGACAGAAGCAGCGUUUCCAUCAACUGCCACAGAUUUUGCUGUGAACUGUCCACACAGUUGUCCUCAGCAGUUUAGAGUAGGGUCAGAGCCCCAA